AUGGCUCAGGAUGCUGUGGCCGCCGAGUCGCAGCAGCUACUGGAUACUCUGCGAGAAGGCUAUACCGCGCGGGGAGCUGGCUGGCUGCGCGAGGAGCUGGCCAAGCAGACCGCCGUGCAGCUGCGACAGCUUGCUGGCACCGCGGGCGUGCAGCAACGUGAAGAUGGACGUAACAUGUCCAAAGCGGAGCUGCUAGAAAAGGUGGCGCAGCACAUUUCCGAGAAGCAGGCGCGACGAGGGGGCGACGCCGCGUUGCUCAGUUGGGCUGCCUUUGCUGCGGAAACGUCCUGUUGUGAUCCUGUGGCCACCGAGUCGCAGCAGCUGCUGGACUCUAUGAGCUGGCCAAGCAGACCGCCGCGCAGCUGCGACAGCUUGCUGGCGCCGGGCGUGCAGCAACGUGAAGCUGGACGCAACAUGUCCAAAGCGGAGCUGCUAGAGAAGGUGGCGCAGCACAUUUCCGAGAAGCAGGAUCCUGUGGCCACCGAGUCGCAGCAGCUGCUGGACUCUAUGCGAGAAGGCUUGGCCGCACGGGGAGCUGGCUGGCUGCGCGAGGAGCUGGCCAAGCAGACCGAUCCUGCGGCCACCGAGUCGCAGCUCCUGGACUCUAUGCGAGAAGGCUUUACUGCGCGGGGAGCUGGCUGGCUGCGCGAGGAGCUGGCCAAGCAGACCGCCGUGCAGCUGCGACAGCUUGCUGGCACCGCGGGCGUGCAGCAACGUGAAGCUGGACGUAACAUGUCCAAAGCGGAGCUGCUAGAGAAGGUGGCGCAGCACAUUUCCGAGAAGCAGGAUCCUGUGGCCACCGAGUCGCAGCAGCUGCUGGACUCUAUGAGCUGGCCAAGCAGACCGCCGCGCAGCUGCGACAGCUUGCUGGCGCCGGGCGUGCAGCAACGUGAAGCUGGACGCAACAUGUCCAAAGCGGAGCUGCUAGAGAAGGUGGCGCAGCACAUUUCCGAGAAGCAGGAUCCUGUGGCCAUCGAGUCGCAGCAGCUACUGGACACUCUGCGAGAAGGCUAUGCCGCGCGGGGAGCUGGCUGGCUGCGCCAGGAGCUCACCAAGCGGACCGCCGUGCAGCUGCGACAGCUUGCUGGCGCCGCGGGCGUGCAGCAAUACGAAGCUGGACGCAACCUGCCCAAAGCGGAGCUGCUAGAGAAGGUGGCGCAGCACAUUUCCGAGAAGCAGGCGCGAUGA